ACUCCGGUCGAAGUUCCGUGAACUUCGCACCUGCUUACACGUUCAGCUGAUUCCGAUGGACAGUGUAUUUUUGAUGUGAAGAAAAUGCCUCGAAAACGUGUCAAGUUAAAGCGGAAAUCAAAACAAAGAAAGGAGGACAAAUCUAAAAUUAUUCCUAUAAACGACGCUCAAUCAGCCAAGGAAGGAAUCAAGGCUCAGGACGAGCCGCGUAUGCUGGACUCAGCGAAGUGCGUGAGCAAGAAAGAAAAGUCCGCCAAACAAGUGCACAUCGCUUUUCUACCGGAGAAAUACCAACCGCUGGUUGAGGAGGAUGUUGUUGACCAACCACAAGAUGACAAUAUCAAGAAAAAACAAGACAAAUAUAAACGUUUAAGAAAAAAUGUGGGAAAAGCUCUUCGUUACAGUUGGAAGUGUUUAGUGGUGGGACUGCAGAAUUUGAGCACAGCCUAUUCUAUGCCACUGGGUGUCGCUACCACAAUAGUGCCAGACAUCCAAAGAGCAAGAUCUCACGUCUAACACAUGACUCGAGAUCAGGCGGUAGCACACUGAUCAAUGUUGGACCCCCAUUUUUACUGCAGCCACUUCCAUAUCAGUGAUAUGUAACUGAUCUAAUUGCAAAAUUUGUAUUAUUGUUUAUAUGCCACUGUUAUCAAAAGAGAAUGGCAAUGAAGAGACAUGGUAGUGACUACAUUUUUGAGAUAAUUUGCCUUUGACAAGAAAACACUAAGUAGGCCUAUGCUGUGAUUGACUACAGUUAUUUACACAUAAUUACACAUAUUUGUCUGAUAAUGCACAACUGAGUAAAACAUUUAACUUUACAGGCUUAGGCCAAACAUGUUUACCAAACAGAUAAGUUCUUGAACUUGAUAUUUAAUAUGAUGGAUAAAGUAAGUAUAGAAUAAUGGUAUUGUGGAUGUUAUGCCAGUGGAGUGCCUUUAUUUAGUGCUCUCAUUGAGAAGACAAACUGAGAAAGGAAACAGAUGUGGACUGAAUAGUGAUGCUGAACAGGUGGAACACAGUAUGUUAAGUUUGUUAUCAGAAGUUGUAUUGUUUCUCAAGAUUUAAUUAUUAUUCUUAUUUCUGGAUGUUGCAAAUACAUUGUAUAGGCAUAAAUGUGAUUCAGCUGCACUUUACUAUUCUACACUUUGUUGUAAUGUGAAGAAAUAGUUUUUUAAACAGGAUUUAGAAUUUGAAUUGAACAAAAAUAUUGUUAUUAAAUUAAUGUGUAUUUACAAUUUUGUACAAAUGAAUUGCAUAAGAAUAAACUGGACUUGAAAUGCUUGCUAAUAUUGCUAAAA